CUCAUCGUUGUGUCGCAGGGAUCAGCAGCAACGCGUGACAACAUCACCAAAAACCUUCGCUUUACACACCACUCCAUCUCUUCGCCGCAGCAUUGAUUGGUUGAGUUGGCGGGAGUUGAAAAAGAACACGACGCAACAGCAAAGAAUAAACAGCAACCAUGUCGAAAAUCCUUUUAGCGUCCCACCGACGUCUCUUCACACGGUCGAUGAGAAUCGGAAAAAAAACCAUUGCGAAGCACCGGAACGACACUCGAUGGGCGUCGGCGUGUUUCUCGACACAGAUCGAAGAAGAAGAGGUUCCCGUGCCGCUGGAAUCGUUCCUAAACGGAACAUCUACGCUUUAUGCCGAACAAAUGUACGAAAUGUAUUUGGAGGAUCCCGCUUCGGUCCAGGAUUCUUGGCGGACUUACUUUGAAAACGAAGCAAACGAAGUGCCCUUUGACAGCAACGAUUUCAACAAGCCCACAAGUGUUCCCGGAAAGCGUUCGGCCGCCGUAGCAGGGGUAUGUUGACUUUCUUGGCUUUGUUUUGAUUUGAUCUGUGUGUCUGGUGAAUACACUAUCGUGUUUUGACCGUAAGAAAAAUACGGGGAUCAUAGAUAUGUUCGUAUUGAAUCAUUCUUUGCUAUUGUUGCGUUUCGAACAAUUCGGGGAGUGCAGCCCCUAGGGGCUCGUGAUAUUUUGUAUUGGUUCACCUCAUUUUAUUUGUUCUUUUCCUUUCUGCUCGUUUCAUCUGCCACAGGGCGCAGCCCCAUCGGACUCGUUAGCAAUCUCGCAUCUCAUUCGUGCCUAUCAGGUAAAUGGCCACGAGGCUGCAAACCUUGAUCCCCUCGAUCUCUUCAACGACGAAUCAUUCCCCUAUCGUCCCAAGCCUGGAGCCGAUGGAUACCCAUCCAACCUCGAAAUAGAGUACUAUGGUUUUUCCGAAGAAGAUCUAGACCGCAAACUCCUCUUCAAGGGCCGGUCGAGUGGAGGCCAACGCGGAUAUCUGGAAGAUCUCGCAAAGGCUCCCGACAAGGUCACUUUGCGAACUAUUCUCGGAGAACUUCGCAAAACAUACUGUGGAACCUUAGGGGUCGAAUACAUGCACAUCGGUGAUCCCGAUAAGAUGAAUUGGAUCCGACAACGCAUGGAAAAUCCUCACUGGAAUCAGUACGACAAGGAGAAAAAGGCUCACAUCUUCGAACGUUUAUGCUUUGCGGACACCUUUGAGAAUUUUAUGGCCUACAAAUUCAAUACCACCAAACGAUUUGGACUGGACGGUGGCGAAGCCGUUGUCCCGGGUUUGAAGGAUGCCAUUGACCGUGCCAGUGAACUAGGUGCUACUUCCUUCGUAUUGGGCAUGCCCCACAGAGGUAGAUUAAACGUUCUUGCAAAUGUAAUGCGCAAACCUAUGCCGUUGAUCUUUAGUGAAUUUGCCGGCACUCAUUACUCUAUUGAUGAGCACUACAAGGGAGACAACGACAAUCAUGGGUUUUCAGGUGAUGUAAAGUACCACUUGGGAUCUAGCAUGGACCGUACCUAUCCCGACGGUCGUCGCAUCCACAUGAGUUUGGUAGCCAACCCAAGUCACUUGGAAUGCGUCAACCCUCUCGUAGUUGGGAAAAUUAGGGCCAAGCAAUACUACCAGGGAGAUCGGUGAGUCUACUAUGAACCAUGCCACCCCAGCGUCCUGUUAAUAUUGUUUCUCGCUCGGGGGUAGUUUCUCCUUUCGUUGAUUCUUAUACAAAUGCGCCUUUUAAAAUACAACCAAAAAAUGAGUAGUCCAGAAGAUGUUCGAAAUGUUGUUCCGAUUUUGCUUCACGGGGAUGCCGCUUUUGCUGGACAGGGUGUUGUCUAUGAAACCAUGCAGCUUGCCAAUGUCAAAGACUUCGCAGUUGGAGGAACCAUUCACGUUAUUGUCAACAACCAGAUUGGUUACACAACAAAUCCCAUCAACUCCCGCUCUACACCGUACUGCAGUGAUUUAGGAAAGGCAUUCAAUUGUCCAAUCUUCCAUUGCAACGGCGACGAUCCAUUGGCAGUCAGCACAGCCUUGGAGACUGCUGUAGAAUACAGGCACGAAUGGGGAACCGAUGUCAUUGUUGAUGUCAUUUGCUAUCGUCGGAAUGGCCACAAUGAAAUGGAUCAACCAGCGUUCACUCAACCAAAACUGUACAAGAAAAUUUCACGGCAUCCCACUGCUCUCCAAUUGUUUGAAAAGCGUCUUGUAAAUGAAGGUACCAUGACGCCCGAAGAAAUUGAAGAAAUCAAAACCUUUGUAAUGGAUUCGUAUGAAAAUGAUUUGGAAGCAUCAAAGACGUAUCAGAAGUCAGAAGACGACUGGCUUUCCAGCAAAUGGGCUGGUUUUAAAAGCCCAACUCAAAUGUCACGUAUUCGACCAACAGGAGUCGACAUCGAAAUGUUGCGAAAGAUUGGGAUAACAGCUGGAACUGUUCCUGACGACUUCAAACUUCAUCGGCAAAUGAAGAAAAUCUUCAAUAACCGCCGUGAGCAAGCUGAAAAGGGUGAAGGUAUCGAUUGGGGUACUGCAGAAGCCCUUGCAUUUGGAUCACUUCUGGUCGAGGGGAACCACGUUCGUAUCACUGGACAAGAUGUCCAACGUGGAACAUUUAGUCAUCGCCAUGCUGUUGUUAAGGACCAAGAUACAGAACAGGAUUAUACCCCUCUGAAUCAUAUUACGAAACGGAUGGAUCCGUCCUGCCCUAAAGAGGAAAUGUCAGGCCCCGAUACACAGGCAGGGUUCAUUUGCCGCAAUUCUAUUUUGUCAGAAUUUGCAGUCCUUGGUUUUGAACUUGGUUACUCCUUGGAAAAUCCUAACGCACUUGUUUUGUGGGAGGCCCAGUUUGGUGACUUCGUAAAUGGAGCUCAAAUUAUGAUUGAUCAAUUUAUCAGCGCUGGGGAAGAUAAAUGGCUUCGUCAGUCCGGUUUGGUUAUGCUGUUGCCGCACGGUUACGAUGGAGGAGGUGCGGAACACUCCAGUUGUCGUCUUGAACGCUUCUUGCAGAUGGUUGAUGAGGAUCCACAUGUUGUUCCAGAGUUCAACAAAGAUGAACGAAUGCAAAUUCAAAAGCACAAUUGGCAGGUGAUAAAUUGCAGCACCCCUGCAAACUAUUUCCACUGUCUUCGCCGACAAAUUCACCGUGACUUCCGGAAACCUCUCGUUGUCGUAGCUCCGAAGAAUCUCCUCCGUAAUAGAAGGUGUGUCUCCACUCUAGAUGAUAUGGGACCUGGUACAACAUUUAAGGUGAGUUGAAGUUUUUUUUAUUCCAGUCGGCUAGUACUGAGUCGUUUUGUUACCGAUGAAUUCCUAUCGCACUAAUUUCGCUCAAAUUUGUUAACCAUAGCGUUUGAUCCCUGAGACGAACCCUGAUAUUUCUGAGAAUCCAGAUCAAGUGAAGGUAAGUUCAUAUUGAAGAUACAAUUUCACAAACUUUUCGUUUUCUAAACUAGCGUUAUGGGGUUCUGUUUUGAAUUGUCCUUCAGAAACUGGUAUUCUGUUCAGGUCAGAUUUACUACGAGCUACUUGCGGAACGCGAGAAGCGAGACGUGAAAGAUGUAGCGCUAGUUCGAAUCGAACAGAUAGCACCAUUUGCGUUCGAUCGUGUUGCAGAGAGUGCUGCAAAAUAUCAAAAUGCAGAAGUCAUUUGGGCACAGCAAGAGCCAAAGUAAGUGUAGUAUGCAAAAGCCAUGGGUUAUUUUUUUUGUUUUCUUACUACCAACACUGAAAAUUUGUUCAUUCAUUAUUUUAACAAAAUCAAAAAUAGGAACAUGGGUGCAUACUCCUACGUAAACUCUAGGAUCAUGACAGCAACCCGUGAAAUCAACGGAAACKAGAAGCGUCCAAGAUACGUUGGGCGUCCUGUCAGUGCAGCUCCUGCAACCGGGAUGACUCUCGUCCAUCAAGCAGAAUAUAAUGAUAUUCUGAAUGGAGUUUUUGACGAAGAGAAGUAGGAUUUCAGACGGAGUUAUGUAUCGAUGAGGUAUUUGAAGCAGCGCGGCAUCACUUUGUAUAUUUUUCAUCAUAAUCAGUUUAAUAAUCGUUAGAUUGAAACAAAUUGAAAGAAGAAUUGUUUCUAUUGAACUACUUACCUUGAAGUUAUCAUUUCUUGGAAUACAAGAAUUACAUUCUCUCUGAUGAAUAGCUUUUGUUGGGAUAUGCUGUGAUAGGAAAAUUGAUUCUGGGCAUAGCUGAUCAGAAUUGGGUUGAAGCUUUCAGAUUGUUUGUUCCUUUGUGUGAAUUAAAAGCUUACUAUGAUGAGAUUAAAUUGAAGCCAACACUGGACUUACAGUACUGAUUGCCAGUGAUCUGAGAGGAACAAUGGACCUGAGAAUACACGUUUGGCCUGUAU